UCCCUGCGCAGUCCCGGCCUAGCAUGGCCCGCUCUUCGCCAGUCGCCUCCGGCUAGGAUGGCCCCCUCGGGCCCCGCCGGCGCCCAGCCCAGCCCGGCUGAGCCACUGUCGCGCAGCAUCUUCAGGAAGUUCUUGCUGAUGCUCUGCUCGCUACUCACUUCCCUCUACGUCUUCUACUGCUUGGCUGAGCGCUGCCAGCCCGGGUCAGGCCCCGUCGCGGGGGUCCCGGGGCGCGGCGUCCCUGCAGGACCGAGGGAGCUGGCGGCGUGGCCCGCGGGGGCGCAAAGGAAGCGCCUCCUGCAGCUGCGGCAGCGGCGGAGGCGCGGGCGGCCCGGGCCAGGCGACAGCGGCGACCAGGACGAGCAGAGCCCCGGGCUGGCCGCGGCUCCAGGAGGCUCCGGGGCGGGAAGCAGCGUGGUGGAGGCCCAGUCGGGGACCCUGGCCCUUCUCUUGGACGAGGGCAGCAAGCAGCUGCCGCAGGCCAUCAUCAUCGGCGUGAAGAAGGGCGGCACGAGGGCGCUGCUGGAGUUCCUGCGCGUGCACCCCGACGUGCGCGCCGUGGGCGCCGAGCCCCACUUCUUCGACCGCAGCUACCACAAGGGCCUCGCCUGGUACCGGGACCUGAUGCCCAAAACCCUGGAGGGACAGAUCACCAUGGAGAAGACGCCCAGCUACUUCGUGACCCGGGAGGCACCCGCGCGCAUCUCCGCCAUGUCCAAGGACACCAAGCUCAUCGUGGUGGUGCGCGACCCGGUGACCAGGGCCAUCUCGGACUACACGCAGACGCUGUCCAAGCGGCCGGACAUCCCCAGCUUCGAGAGCCUGACGUUCCGCAACCGCAGCGCGGGCCUCAUCGACACGUCCUGGAGCGCCAUCCAGAUCGGCCUGUAUGCCAAGCACCUGGAGCCCUGGCUGCGCCACUUCCCGCUGGGCCAGAUGCUCUUCGUGAGCGGGGAGCGGCUGGUGAGCGACCCCGCGGGGGAGCUGCGCCGCGUGCAGGAUUUCCUGGGCCUCAAGCGCAUCAUCACCGACAAGCACUUCUACUUCAACCAGACCAAGGGCUUCCCGUGCCUCAAGAAGGCGGAGGGCAGCGGCAAGCCCCACUGCCUGGGAAAGACCAAGGGUCGCGCGCACCCCGCCAUCGCCCGCGAGGUGCUGCGGCAGCUGCGUGACUUUUACCGGCCCUUCAACCGCAAGUUCUACCAGAUGACCGGCCGCGACUUCGGCUGGGAUGGAUAGCAGAUAUAAUUUAAAAAGAAAAAAAAUAUCAAAAUAUAAUAUAUUUUUUUACCAGUCGGUAGAGGAAAGACAUUUUAAUAUUUGUGUAUUAAGUAUGUGUUGCAGUAGUUUUUUUUUUCUCCUGUCCCCAUGGAUAACCAGCAUCAAACUUGCGCAUGGCAGAAAAGGAGAUUUCAUGUAUCUAAGCCCCUCCCAUCUUCAGUUUGUUUAUGUUCUGAACACUCAUUCGCAAAGGAUAAGCACCGGUCCCCGCUAAACCUUUUAAGAAAAUCCCCAGGGCAAACCUCCCUUCUGUUAGGUACAGAAACCUGACGGAAUUGAGACCUGGCUUUCCAUUUCGCUCUCUUUCUCUUGUACCACUUUUUCUCAUAAGUCAUUUCUCAGUUAAUGAUACUCUGUGUAUGCACAGGGCAGUUUUCAAUUGUCGCUUUGAUCCUUACACUACUGCUGCAAGUUUGUGGUGCAUUUAUAGAGACCAUCAUUUUCUAUUUUAGAGGUAAGGGAAACAGUCUCAGGGAGGUUGAAAGACGUAUCUUAAAGCCAGCGGGAUGGUGGAUCCUGUCUGCCACUUUUUCUCUAUUUUAUGACUGGGGUAGGGGGUGGGGCUUAGACACCUGGGGCUUUAGAAGCUCUGGGGUGACCCCAAAAGGGCAGAGCGUGUUUGUUACUGCCAUCUGAGUUCCAGGCUGCCCUAUGGAACACACAGCCUCAUUACAUAGCCGUAUUCAUGGAAGUCACUGAGAUGGGGACACAAGCUCUCUGGGGAGCCCCUCUUGCCUCUUGGCUGAUCAAAGCAUGCUGAGCCAAGGAAAUCUGACCCAUGGGUGGUCAUCUGAGUUCCAGAGAAAUCACCGAAUUCUCCUAUUGAGGGAAGAUGGGCAGAAACAACGAGGAGUGUAGCAGAGUGCCACUCUCCUUGUUUUUGAAAGAAAAUCUCCCUUCCUUUGUAGUACCUCAUCUCCGACCAUGGUUAAGAAGUCUUUCUGGCUCCCCCCAGUUUUCACAGACCUGCCACUCAGUCACUUUACCCGCCUCCGCAUUUCCUGCUCACAUGAGUUAUAACCUAAUGCUCAUUCAUGAUUGGAAAACAUUCUAAGAAACACAGUUGCGGACGCAACCCCACCCCUUCUUGCCCAUCCCCUGUCUAAAUGGCUCAAAUGAAUCAAUAGUGUAUUGAGAGGACUCCUUGCUCUCUGAGUGGGUAUUAACGAGAUUAGCAUUAAUGGGAAUUAAAUUGCUUUAGCGAGGAGCACAUAUGCACUGAACAUAUAAAGCAUUCAUAAUUACUCCGUCAGCAACAUUCUACCACAGGUUUAAGACCAAGAAGAAAAUGCUUGCUGUUCCAUCAAUAUUUUAUCUACUAAAAUUUAAAGGGCCGGAUACUCUAGUCUACUAAAGUAAAAGUCUGCUUUUCUCUGCUGUCAAUCAAGAGAAGCUAAGUUGUUUUUCAAUAUGCUGGGUGACUGUUAAGUUUGUCAUAGGUGCCCCAUCAGGGGUGUCCAUGUCUCUUCAGAAAACGAAUAUGGGGUUGAAAGGAAGUGAGAACGUUCUUUUAACUUUCUACAUGUUUUGUCAUCUUCAGGUUCAUUUGUUAACGUCCCGUUUAUGGGAUGUAAGCCCCAAACUCAGGUCACUUUUUCCGCUUGGUCUCCUUCACUUCCGUGCCCUCAGCCUUCAGCGGCACAGUCUGUUUUCAGUGGACGUGCGUCCUCACCAGCAGCCACGAGAGACUCAUGUUAAGCUCUGCUCAUCUUUGAAUUUGUUACGUUUGUGCUUCUGAAUCUUUUGUAUUCCUCUCCCUGCCUGCCAUUAUGCAAAAGCGGCUUGCACAAAACCAGAAUUGUAUCUAACAGCUGCACUCAGUAACCUUCCUCUUUUCCCAGGGAAGGGAUAAUAAAAGAACAAAAUCCGAGUGCAAAGGA